AGUUGCCCUCUGGCUAUCGCUGCCAUCUAACGCAAAUCAAAACCAAAACCAAACAACAAUCAUGGCGGCAACUGUAUCGUCUCCUUGGGGAAAGCCCGGCGCGUGGGCUCUAGACGCCGAAGAACAUGAAGCUGAACUCCAACAACAGGCCCAUCUCGAUUCUUCCACUGGAAAGCUUGCCGAUUUCCCUUCUUUAUCCACCGCCGCCUCUACCAAAUCCAAGAAGAAGAAGCCCCAAACCGUGUCUCUCGCCGAAUUCGCUGCGUACGGCUCUGCUAAGCCCACUGAGCCAACUCGCCUUACUCAAGAGGAAGCCCUCGUACUCCCCACCGGCCCUCGCCAACGCGCCCCCGAAGAAUUCGUUCGUAACAGUCUUGGCGGCGGUUUUAAAUCUUAUGGUUCUAAUCGAUACAAUUCCAGCAGCGACGAUUCGUCUAGUAAUAGUAGAUGGGGGUCUUCUAGGGUUCCUAUUAGAGAUUCCAAUAAAGAAAUUGCACCCUCACGCGCUGAUGAAAUUGAUAAUUGGGCGUCGGCUAAGAAAUCAACCCCUCCCGGGAACGGAUUUGGGGGUGGAUUUGAGAGGAAAGAAAGAGGAGGGGGAGGAUUUUUUGAUUCGCAAUCGAAAGCCGAUGAAGUAGACAACUGGGCAUCUAAUAAGAGUACUAAAAGCCCCAAUGCUGCACCGUCACGGAGAUUCGGCGGGGGAUUUGAUAGAAGAAGCAGUUUUGAUUCACUUCAAUCUAGGGAUUUGCCUAGGGAUUUGGAUAAUUGGGGAAAGAAAAAGGAAGAGUCUGGCAGUACUGCUGGUAGUGGUGGAGUGAGACCAAAGCUUGUGCUUAAGCCGCGAACUGUUCCUGUGACGGAGGAGAAUAAAAAGGAGGUGACUGCGCCAAAGCCCAAAGGGGAAAAUCCUUUCGGCGAGGCGAGGCCAAGAGAGGAAGUGUUGAAGGAAAAGGGGAAAGACUGGAAGGAGAUUGAUGAGAAGCUGGAAGCUAUUAAGAUUAAAGAGACAGUUGAGGAAGAGAGGGGACGAAAAGCAAGCUUUGGGAAUGGGCGUGCUCCGGUCGAAAGGAGCUGGAGGAAGAAUGGCUCUGUUGAGGCUGCUGAUCAACCCCAAAGGUUUGAGGCGGAGAAUGGCCAUGCUGCGGACAAUUGAAGAUAGAAACUGACAAGAGUGAAGCUUAGCUGGGAAGGAAGGGACUUGUUUUGUGAUUUUUGGGUUCUAAUGUGAUGAGAUUUGUUUUUCUUUUGUUGUGACUGUUAUUAUUGUCAGUGCGGUAUUUAAACAAUUUUGGUAGGCUUUGAUUAUGUUGCAUUGGCUUUUGGUCAAACAUGUCUUGUUAGUAGGAAUGUUGCUUGGUAUAGAGUUAUUAAUUUUGUCAAGUUUUUCUUUAUGUUGAGAGCAUGAGUUAUUAUAUUAAUUGUUUGAAAAUGUGACCAAAUAAAUCAAUGUUUAUUAUUAUUAUUAUUUA